AUGAAUCGUCUUCUCGGCUUGUCCGCAUCCCUCAGUCUGGUGCAUUUGGCCAUCCAGCCCGCCAAUGGCCAGGAUAUAUUCGACUCCAGUCACUACGCCAGCAAGGAUGUCAUUACUCGUAAUGUCGCAGUAAUCGGAGGCGGCUCAUCGGGCACGUACGGCGCCAUCAAUCUGCGCAAAUGCGGGCAAAGCGUGGUGCUCGUGGAGAAGGAGGCAGUCCUCGGGGGCCAUACCAACACGUACACCGACCCGGCAACGGGGACCACGAUUGACUAUGGCGUCCAGGCGUUCUGGAAUAUCUCCGUGACGCGGGACUAUCUGGCUCAUCUGGGCGUCCCGACGACACAAUACACAGGCGACCAGCGGACGGAUGUCUACGCGGAUUUCCAGACGGGGCAGCGGCUUACCGUGACCUCCAGCAGCAACUAUACGGCGUAUCUCGAGCAGCUUCAGAAAUACCCGUAUCUGGAGUACAGCUGGGGCCUGCCCAGUCCCGUUCCUGGGGACCUUCUGUUACCGUUCGCGGAGUUCCUGGAAGAAUAUCACCUCGAGGACGUCGGGUACAAUGUCUACUUCGGUGCGCAAGGACUGUCCAAUGUGUUGGAUCAGUUGACGGUCAACGUGUUCAAGAUCUUCGACGCGUCGUUCAUCGACGCCCUGAACGGGGGCGACGUGAGAGGCGUCCAUAGCAAUGGCGAGAUAUACGCCAGGGCGUCCGCGGUGCUAGGCACGGAUGUUCUGUUCUCAUCCCAGGUCGUUGCCGCCAGUCGGCCGGUCAACGGCACGGGAGUGAGGCUCGUGGUGCGGACUCCCACCGGGAACAAACUGGUCGUCGCCUCAAAGCUCCUCGUCAGCAUCCCGCCCCUCCUGGACAACAUGAAGCCGUUCGACCUGACGGACCGAGAAUCCAGUCUCUUCUCGCGCUGGGAUUACAGUGGGUAUUACACCAUGCUGGUCAACAACACCGGACUCCCGUCCGGAUAUCGAUUCUGCAACGCCAAUGCGGUAACGCUUUCCAAUAUCCCCAAGCUCCCGGCGCCCUACCAGGUCACGGAGACGAAAGUCCCGGGGAUAUUCUAUAUCUGGUACGGCAGUCCGUAUGCCAUGGAGGAGGCUGCUGUGAAGGACGAUGUCACGGCGGUGAUCCGUCGGUUGCAGGGAACAGUGCAUGCGAAUGGGUCUGCAGUGCCGCAGUUCUUGGCCUUCAACAGCCAUACGCCGUUCAAAUUGGUGGUCGAUGCCGAUUCCAUCCGUGACGGGUUUUAUCGAGACCUGGAGGCGUUGCAGGGCUAUCGAAACACGUGGUAUACGGGGGCAGCGGUGAUCUCGCAUAGUUCAGCGAUAUUGUGGAAUUUCACAGACGCCCUGCUGCCACGGAUGAUUGCGGCGUGA